CGCUUCGUUCUUCGAGGACCCAACACCCUGCGAACGCACAUCCUGCUCCUACUCCUACUUUCUACUGCCAACGCCUCACAAACGAGAGCGUGUGCAACAAGCGCUUUGACAUUGGAAGGAACAUGUCUUGACAAUCAUCUCUUAAACGCAGGAUAUGAUGCGCUUUCGAUAUGAAUGAGUGAACAAGGCUUUUUCUCCCUUUAUUUUCCCUGAAGAAUAUGAUUCUCACAAAAGAUGCCCAGAACUCGUUGUCCCUUGAUGCGCUUCUCUGUGAGGAAGAUGGUUUGACAGAGGAUGGUACGGAAGGAGGGAGAUAUCGGGAAAAGUCUCCGUCUUUACCUUUGAUUUUGUCGGACAAUAAUGUUUUCUUGGACGACGAUGUUCUUGCUUCUCUAAUCUCAAAAGAAAGAGGGACCCAUUUCGGUCCGGGUAAUCUAUUAAUCGAUGAGCCUCUAAAGGAAGCUCGCGAAGAGGCUGUGUUAUGGGUUUUAAAGGUUUGUGCUCACCAAAAUUUCUCUGCUCUCACCACUGUUCUUGCUGUUAACUACUUCGAUCGGUUCGUCCAAAGUCUGAACUUCCAGCGAGAUAAGCCAUGGACGACACAGCUUGCUGUAGUUGCUUGUUUACAUGUGGCUGUGAAAAUGGAGGAGUCCCAAGCGUCACAUCUCUUAGACCUUCAAGCGGAGGAAUCGAAGUACGAAUUCAAAGCAAAGGAUUUAAAGAGAAUGGAGCUUCUAGUGUUAACAACUCUCCAAUGGAGGAUGAAUCCUGUGACUCCAAUCUCCUUCUUCGAACACACUGUGAGAGCACUCCGUUUAAAGAGCCACCUGCAUUACGAAUUCCUCUGGCGAUGCGAACGCGUUCUGCUUUUAGUGCUUGCGGAUUCAAAGGUCAUGAGUUAUCUUCCCUCCAUAAUUGCUGCUGCUACAAUGGUCCAUGUUAUGCGGGAGAUUGAACCAUUUAAUGUAGUGGAAUGCAGAAACCAGCUCUUGGCUUUGCUCAAAAUCAGCGAGGAGGAACAAGUGAACCAGUGUUAUGAACUUGUUCUGGGAAUACUAUGUUGUCACCAAGACGUUCAAAAUCUUCACGGCAGACGCAAGCGCCGAUCUGAACCGAGAAGCCCAAAUGGUGUGAUUGAUGUGUUCUUUAACAAUGAUAGUUCAAAUGAUUCGUGGGCUUCAGGAACAGUCUCAGUUGCAGAGGAGCCAGUGUUGAAGAAGAACCGAUCUCAGGAGCAGCCUAUGCAAUUGCCUGCUCUAAGCCGCUCAUAUUGAUGUUAUUACUUAUUAAUGCCCCUCGAUAAUUUGCCUGCUGGUUAGUAUAUAUUUUCAAACAUGGUAGCUAGCCUUCUUUUCCUCAUCAAUUUGACAACGAUUAUGUCGUUCAAAUUCAA